AUGAAGAUGCUAACUAAGUUUGAGUCAAAGUCUACUAGGGCUAAAGGGAUCGCAUUCCAUCCUUCCAGACCAUGGGUUCUAGUGGCUUUGUUCUCUUCUACCAUUCAAUUAUGGGAUUAUAGAAUGGGGACCUUACUACAUAGAUUCGAAGGUCAUGAAGGACCUGUCCGUGGUGUUGAUUUCCAUCCAACUCAACCUAUCUUCGCCUCAACAGGUGAUGAUACUACCAUCAAGAUCUGGUCUUUAGAUACUAACAAAUGUAUUCAUACAUUUACUGGUCAUUUGGACUAUGUCCGUACCGUUUUCUUCCAUAACGAAUUACCAUGGUUGAUCACUGCUUCUGAUGAUCAAACCAUUAGAAUCUGGAAUUGGCAAAAUCGUAAAGAGAUCGCAUGUUUGACUGGUCACAACCAUUUCGUCAUGUGUGCUCAGUUCCAUCCAACUGAAGACUUGAUCGUCUCUGCCUCCCUUGAUGAAACAGUUAGGAUCUGGGAUAUUUCCGGUCUAAGAAAGAAACAUUCUGCUCCUGGUGCCAUGACCGUCGAGGACCAAAUGAUUGCUCAACAAAAUUUAUUAGAUGGUGGGUUCGGAGACUAUCUAGUUAAAUUUAUCUUGGAAGGUCACACUAGAGGUGUCAAUUGGGCUUCAUUCCAUCCUACUUUACCAUUGAUUGUCUCUGGUGGUGACGAUCGCCAAGUAAAACUAUGGAGAAUGAGUGCCACUAAAGCAUGGGAAGUCGACACUUGUAGAGGUCAUACUAACAAUGUUGAUUGUGUUACUUUCCAUCCUCAUCAAAACUUAAUUCUAUCUGCCGGUGAAGAUAAAACUUUAAGAAUCUGGGAUCUUGAUAAGAGAGUCCCUGUGAAACAAUUCAAGAGAGAAAACGAUAGAUUCUGGUUGAUUGCCUCUCAUCCAAACAUCAACUUGUUUGGGGCCGCUCAUGAUUCUGGUGUUAUGAUUUUCAAAUUGGAUCGUGAAAGACCAAGUAAUACCAUCUACCAAAAUCAAUUGUUUUUUGUUAACAAACAAAAGUUGGUUCAAUCCUUCGAUUUCAUAAAGGGUGUCUCUUCUUUACCUUAUGUUUCAUUAAAGAGCAUUGGUCAAAUUUGGAGUGCAUUCAGAAGUAUAUCAUACAAUCCAUCACAACACUCUUUAUUAGUCAACGAAGCUAAUGAUAAAUUUGCUUUGGUAUUAUUACCAAAGGAACCAACGGGUCAAAUUGAUCCAACCAAUGUCAUUGAGGACUCCGGUAACUUCGCCACUUUUGUUGCUCGUAACAGAUUUGUUGUAUACAAUAAAAAUACCGAAUCCAUUGAGAUCCGCAACCUAGACAACAAGACCACUAAAUCUAUCAAGAUCAACGACCCUAUUAAGGACAUCGUUUACGGUGGUCCAGGUAACGUCUUGCUAUUACACCCAAGAGAAGUUGUUUUAUAUGAUGUUCAACAAGGUAAGAAACUAGCCACUAUCACUGCUAAGAAUGUCAAGUACGUUUCUUGGUCUAACGAUGGACAAUACGUUGCCUUGAUGAGCAAACAUACCAUUACUUUGGCGACUAAGAAGUUGGAAUUGAUUAACUCAAUGCACGAAACCAUCCGUAUUAAGAGUGCUGCUUGGGAUGAAACUGGUGUAUUGAUUUACUCUACAUUAAACCAUAUUAGAUAUUCUUUAUUGAAUGGUGACAGAGGUAUUAUCAAGACUCUUGAGAAUACUCUUUACAUCACUAGGGUUAAGGACAAGUACGUUUAUACUUUGAAUCGUGAAGGUGAGGUUGAAAUUUUAUCGAUUGAUCCAACCGAAUACCGUUUCAAGAAAGCCUUGGUUAACAAGAAUUUCCCAGAAGUGCUUAGAAUCAUCAAAAACUCUAAUUUGGUUGGUCAAAAUAUUAUUUCUUACUUGCAAAAAUCAGGUUAUCCAGAAAUUGCUUUGCAAUUUGUUCAAGAUCCACAAGUACGUUUUGAUUUAGCUUUAGAAUCAGGCAAUCUAAUUGUUGCUCUUGAAGAGGCUAAGAAAAUAAACGAGGCCUCUGUCUGGGAAAGACUAAACAAAGAAGCAUUGUUACAAGGUAACACUACAAUGUCUGAAAUGAUUUAUCAAACACAAAACGCCUUUGACAGACUAUCAUUCCUGUAUUUGUUAACUGGUGAUAAUGGAAAACUAUCAAAAAUGGAAGCCAUUGCUGAAAAUCGAGGUGACGUCAAGGGUAUGGUUUUGAAUUCCAUCUAUAAUAACUCUCCAUCUACCAGAGCUGAUAUCUUUUCCGAAGGUGGUUCUCUACCACUUGCUUAUGCAAUUGCCAAGGUUAAUGGUGAUGAAGCUAAGGCAAGUCAAUACCUUGCUCAAGCUGAAAUCAAUGAAAGCGACAUUGUCUUGCCGGAUAUCACUUAUGCUGCUAGUAACACAAAGGCUCCUACUUCUACAGAACCAUUCUCAAAAUGGCCGUUGAAGGACGCCGAAUUAUCAUACUUUGAAAAAGCAAUCUCGGGCCAAGUUGAUGAUUUGGAGAUUAAUGAAGAACCAGUAGAGAGUGAAAUUACCACAAAAAUUGAUGCUGCUGCUGAUGAAGGUAUAUUUAUUGAUGAAGAAUCGGAAAAUGAAGAGGCUGGCGCCUGGGAUAUGGGUGACGAAGAUCUUGAUAUGGGUGAAGAAACAGAACAAAUCGAGGAAGAUGAAGAAAUCAUCGCAACUCCUGAAAGCAGUAGCGAAACUGCCACUUGGGUCAAGAAUUCCAAGUUACCAUCAGUUCUCGUUGCAGCUGGUGCAUUUGGUGCAGCUGGUGAGGCUUUGAACAAACAAGUCGGUGUUGUUGAAUUUGAACCAUUGAGAAAAUAUUUCACCGAAAGAUAUGCAAGCUGUAGGACAUACCUUGCUUCUACACCAGUGGAAAUGCCAGCCCUCGAAGGUUUUAUUCGUUCCAGUACAGAAACCUCAGAAGAGAUUUUACCAUAUUCUGGUGACAUUUCUAUUGUUGUUGAAAAACUGCAAGAUGGUUUCAAACUAUUCAAGGCUAACAAGCUUGAAGAAGCUAUUGAAGUAUUCCGUGAAAUUAUCUAUCUAACUGUGCUCCUGGCUGUUAACAAUGAUGAAGAUGAACAUAAAGCUCGUGAAACACUAAGAGUUGCCAAAGAAUAUAUAUUAGGUUUAUCUAUCGAAUUAGAACGUCGUUCAUUAGAUCCAAGCAAUAUCAAACGUAACUUGGAGCUUGCAGCAUAUUUCACAAAGGCUGAUCUCUUACCUUUACACAGAAGUAAUGCCUUACAAGUUGCCAUGUCUCAAAAUUUCAAACAUAAGAAUUUUGUUCAAGCUUCUUAUUUUGCAAGUGAAUUCUUAGAAAUCGUAUCUACUGGUACCAGAGCUGAACAAGCACGUAAAAUAAAAUCCAGAGCUGAUGCAAAGGCGAGUGAUGAAGUCACCAUUGAUUUUGAUCCGUAUGCGGAAUUCAAAGUCUGUGCUGCUACCCAUACUCCUAUAUAUAAGGACACAGCUUUUACACAAGAUCCAUUGACCGGCGCUGUUUAUCAUGCAUCUGAAAAGGGUAAGCUUGAUAGUAUUACUUUAGUAACAAAGAUCGGUGCACCUGCUUCUGGUUUGAGAAUUCGUUUGUGA